AUUCUCUCGUGUGCAACGCAGCAAAACCAACUUCUGCCUAGAGUUCUUACUUCUUAGUAGCCAUGAAGAUGGAACAUGACCUCCAUAUGACCAUAGGAGAAGAAGAGACCAGCUACUUCAAAAACUCAAGGCUUCAGGAAAAAGCUCUGGUUGAGACUAAGCCAGUUCUCCAGAAGAUUGUGAUGGAAAUGUGUGUGGCUCUACUCCAUCCCACAAUGACAAUUGUUGACUUAGGCUGCUCUUCAAGUGACAACACACUCUUCUUUGUCUCCAAUGUGAUCAAAGCGGUCAGCUACCACCUUGAGAAAUUCAGUGGCCAUCCCACUGAGCUUCAGUUCUUUCUCAACGAUUUACCAGGCAACGACUUCAACCGUGUCUUCCAAUCACUUCAACGAUUCAAGAACUCCAUUGAUGUGGAUCACAAGGGAGGGCCAAUACCUGCUUUCUACAUCGCUGGGUUGCCCAGCUCCUACUAUAGAAGACUCUUGCCUCACGGGAGUGUUCAUCUCUUUCACUCAUCAUAUUGCCUGCAGUGGCGUUCUCGGCUUCCCGAUGGAUUAGAGGGCAAUAAAAGACCAUAUCUGAAUGAAGGAAGCAUCAGCAUUGCAGUGACUACCCCACCCUUUGUGGUGAAAAUGUACCAAGAGCAGUUUCAGAAGGACAUGUUGUUGUUCCUCCAGCUGCGAUAUGAAGAACUAGUUGCCGAUGGACAAAUGGUUCUCACAUUUCUUGGGAGGAAACACGAUGAUGUCUACAGCGCAAGUCUCAACCGUCUAUACGGGUUACUUUCACUUUCUGUACAAUCUCUUGUUGAAGAGGGGCUAGUGGAGAAAGAAAAGCUGGACUCCUUUAAUCUACCUUUGUACGGGCCAUCAAUGGAUGAAGUUAAGGCAGUGGUUGAGCGGAGCCAGCAGUUUGAUAUUAGUCGCAUCAAACUGUUCGAGACUAACUGGGAUCCUUAUGACGACUCGGAGGGCAAUGAUGUGCACGACAGCAUCCAAAGUGGCAUAAACAUCGCCAUGUGCUUAAGAGCAGUGAUGGAGGCCCUGUUUACAAGCCAUUUUGGUGAAUCCGUGCUCGAUGAGCUCUUCAAUAAGUUUGCUUAUAACGUCGCGUUACACCUUGACAAAGAGAAGACCAAGUACUCUGUCAUUACUCUAUCGUUAAAAAAAAGAUGAGGCAUAGACGAUGUGUGUUCUUGCAAUUUAUGUGUUUAUCAGCAGCCUCAAAAAGUAUCUUCAUGAGUCAUGGGUUAUGUCAUGUAAUUGUUGCACAUUAAUACUCGGAGUUCUUUCCAGUACAGCUGGAUAUAAUAGUAUAAGUUCGUCAAAUUAUGAUGUGUAUUGCGGUUUA